CAUCCUAGAAACCUUCAAACUCUCUCCCUCUCUCUCCAUCUUCCAUUUCCCUCACCUAGCUCAUGUCUAGGCGAUACGCAGCCUGAUCUCUCUCUUUCUCACAUGUCCGAAGAUCAGCAACAACAAAGACAGUGAACCAUGAGAGCAGGAGCAAGCAGCCUACAGCAGACGCUCACCCCGGAGGCCGCCUCCGUCGUGAAACAGUCGGUGAUGCUGGCCAGGAGAAGGGGGCACGCCCAGGUCACCCCACUCCAUGUGGCCAACACCAUGCUCUCCUCCUCCACCGGCCUCCUCCGCACCGCCUGCAUGCAGUCGCACUCCCACCCCCUACAAUGCAAAGCCCUCGAGCUCUGCUUCAACGUCGCCCUCAAUCGCCUCCCCGCCACUUCCUCCACCACCACCUCCACCACUUUCCACCACCACCACCCUUCUCUCUCUAACGCCUUGGUUGCUGCAUUCAAGCGCGCUCAGGCCCACCAGAGGCGCGGCUCCAUCGAGAACCAGCAGCAGCCGCUGCUUGCAGUGAAGGUAGAGGUAGAGCAACUCAUAAUCUCCAUCCUAGACGAUCCUAGCGUCAGCAGGGUGAUGAGGGAGGCGGGUUUCUCGAGUACCCAAGUGAAGAAUAACGUGGAACUGGCUGUCUCUCUCGAGAUCAGUUCCCAUCCUUCUCUCUCUAAGCCAAAAGAGCCAAAUUUAGGGUUCCCCAUUUUGAAUUCUGGCCUUAAACAGACUCCUUUCUCUAGCUUGGACUCUGUGAAUAAUGAAGACGUACUUAGUCUUGUGGACGCACUCUUAAGUAGGAGAAGGAAGAGUACUGUUGUUAUAGGGGAGUGUCUAGUGACAGCAGAGAGCGUAGUGAGAGGGCUUGUAGGAAAGAUUGAAAAGGGUGAGAUUCCUGACCCUCUGAAGAGCGCUCAGUUUCUAUCUCUCCCACUUUGCUCCUUUAGUCAUCAGUGUAAGGAUGACGUCGAGCAGAAGCUGGGAGAGCUGAGGUGUGUGUUGAAUAGGUGCAUAGCAAGAGGGAUUAUCUUGUAUGUAGGGGACCUGAAGUGGACAGCAGAGGUUACAGAAAGUUAUGAUGAUCAAAGAAGGAAAUAUUUUUGCCCCAUAGAGCAUAUAGUCCUCGAGAUCGGAAGAUUGGUGUCUGAUUUUGUGGAAAGCGGGAGAUUUUGGCUACUGGGAGUUGCAAGUUAUCAUACUUUUACUAGAUGUAAGAUGGGUCAUCCUUCUCUGGAAAGUUUGUGGGGACUUCACCCCCUUCUCAUUCCUGCAGGAAGCUUGGGACUUAGUUUGAAUUCAGAAAGGGACAUGCUGGGUAAAGGACAUGAUGCUGGUGCCGGGAAGCAGCUUACUUGCUGUGCUGACUGCCUCAAUAAGUUUGAGAUGGAUGUACAAGCAUUAGCUAGAACCAUCCACGGCAACCCUACCAACCUACCUUUAUGGAUGCAGCAAUGCAAAGAUCAGAAAUUGGAUCCCCUUAGCAAUGAUUUGGAUCAGUUUCAAAUAAGAGAGCUUUGCAGGAAAUGGAACGGUAUAUGCAAUUCUUUGCAUAAGCAGCAUAAGCAGCAGGCAGAAAACACCAUGAGCUUCUUUUUUUCCUCUCCAUCCUCUUCCGUUAAAUUCUCGAGCAGCUGGAACCAUACUGAACUAACCUCAACAAAUCACUCCUGGGAGCAACACUCCAUCUGCAUUCCAGGAAGGCAAGCUACCACCCUCUUGGAUCUUCCCAGCUGCAACUCUAGCCCUAACUCAAGAAAUCCUGACGCAGACACAAUGAAAUUCAAGCAGUUCAAUGCCGAAAGCCUGAACAGCCUCUGCAGUGCCCUUGAGCAGAAAGUGCACAGGCAGAAGGUCAUCAUUCCUGAAAUUGCAAGCGUGGUCUUGCAGUGCAGGUCAGGGAUGGUUAGAAGGAAAGGGUUGAGAACAAGGGAAAGAAAGGAAGACACAUGGCUGCUGUUUGAAGGUGGGGAUACAGAAGGCAAGGAAAUAAUUGCAAGGGAGCUAGCAAACCAGAUUUUCAGCUCGGAGAAAAGUUUUGUUUCCAUUGGGUUGAGCAGCUUCUCCUCAGUAAGAGCAGACCCAUCUGAAGAUUUCAGAGGCAAACGAUGCAGAGAGGAACAGGAUGGUUUCAGUUACUUUGGGAAGCUCAGUGAAGCCAUAAGGUACAACCCUCACAGGGUUGUAUUCCUAGAAGACAUAGAGCAGGUGGACUAUCACAGCAUGAUCAACAUAAAGAGAUCCAUAGAGAGGGGGAUGGUGUUUGGACCCGACGGUGAUGAGGUUAGUGUUGGGGAUGCCAUCGUCAUCAUGAGUUGUGAGAGCUUUAGGUCCAAGUCCAGAGCCUGCUCUCCCUGUGUUAAGCAGAAAUCAGGGGGCAGCAGUGAGGAAGUAGAGGAGGAGAGACUUAGCAGCGUUGAGUCUGGUGAGAGGGACAAUGGUAGCAGUCCAUGCAUUUCGUUAGAUUUGAAUCUGUCUGUGGAGGAUAAUGAAAGCGUGGAGCAGUAUUGUGAGGUAGAGCUGCCCAAGUGUGUGGACAGAAGUUUUGUUUUUGAGGUUGAAAGAGCCGAGAGAUUUGUAUAGAAACGUUUUUUUUUUUGUGGGAAUUGUGGAUUGGUUUUUAAUUAGUAUGUAAAAAUUGGAACUGGUUCAUGGGA